AGCAUCUUGGAGCCUUCGAAUUGGGGCGGCCAUGGAGGUCGCGGAAGUUUGGGCUGCGCCGCGCCUGGCUGGACCCGUGCGGGUGGGUGCCUGCCCGACUCCGCUCCAUGUGCGCGUGCCUGCCGGGUCCAGCGUGCCCCUGGCGGCAUGUGCGCCGUGCGUCUGGCGCGGCGCCUGGGUUGGCCUGGCCGCCCGGCUGAGCCGCUCGAGGCGAAGGCCGCCGGGUCGGCUGGGCCGGCUGGGCCGGAGGGCGAGGCAGCGUGAGGAGCAGAUGCUUCCGUGGGUGGCGGCCGGGGUGGUGGGCUUGUUGGCCUUGGGCCCCACCUUGCUGCUGGGCAGCAUGGCGGCCUGGUGGACUUUCAUCAGUCUGCCCAUGGUGGCGGCCAACGUCUUCGUGGCCAGCUCGCUGAUCGCCACCCUGGUGGCGUCCCUGGUUACGGCGGGCUGCGCCGGACUGCUGGUGUGGCUGGCCCUGGGCAAUCCCAUGCCCAAACUCACUUUUGCGGCCGAGAGCGAGAUUGAGGGCACGAAGACGGAGGCGGAGGUCGAGGAUCCUUUCCGUGACUGGGACCAGCGCUUCGCCAAGCUGCGACUGGCGGACCUGAGUCCGGACUCCAAGUUUGCCGAGCUGCGAGCCUUUGCGGCGCAGGACAGAUGGCAGAGGCUGGCCGAGUGGCGGAGUUUCAAGACAUUUCUGUUCGUGCAAGUCAAGUGCGACCAUGUAGAUGGCCUCUUUGCCGAGGAGGGCUUGGAGGUGAAGACGGGGGGCCGGAGCAAAGCCGCUGUUUUGGAAGAGAUCAAAGCACUCCUCCGGGCUCGAAGAUGAAAGCUGGCUGACGGUUCGCACCAUCCCGAACAUCUGAAAGCUGACGGGCGCCUGUUUGCGUGUGAGUUUCCUGGCGGGAAGGAACUUCUCGGGCCAUGGAAUUUCAAACAGGUGCGGUGGCAGUCCACAAAUUCGGCAAAUCCCCGCGGGAAAUGACUGGCCUGAUCUGGCCCCACCGAAUUUCUUGCUUCCGGGCCGUGCUCGGGUUGUCGAAGAUACAGGUGCACCUUCAGUGGUGGCUCGAAAAAACGAGGGCUUUUGCAAAGCGAAGGAGAGAGGAGAGACGUUGACCAUUUGGCCCA